CUGCAGUUCAAUAGGAUGGCCAUGCAAUCGCUAGAAUUGAUAUUACUGCUAGUGUUUUCACUCAGCAGCAGCCUUGUUCAGGGCCAAAAUCCGGAUCCAUUUGCCCAGCUUGCUUGCACGAAGUUCAAGCAGAUUGUCUUCGAAGAGCGCGUGGCCAUUAGCUUCUUUUUCACCGAUGCACCCAUUACCUACGAGACAGUGGAUUCCUGCCAUGGAUCCAGACCCCUGAUUGUGGACGGCACGCCGGCGGAACCCAAGGAAUUUCCAUUUGCCGCUCGCCUCGGCCAUCGGAAAACUAACAAUGAAAUAAAAUGGUUCUGUGGCGGCACCUUGAUAAGCAAUCGCCUGGUGCUCACAGCGGCUCACUGCUUUUUUUCCGAACACGGUGAGGUCAACGUUGUGCGCUUGGGUGAACUGGAGUUCGAUACCGACACGGAUGACGCGGAACCCGAGGACUUUGGCGUGCUCGCUCUGAAGGCACAUCCUGGCUUCGAGAACCCGCAACUCUACAAUGACAUUGGCAUAGUUCAGCUGGAUCGCGAGGUCAAGUUCAAUAGGUACAAGCAUCCUGCCUGCCUGCCCUUCGACGACGGCGAGCAGCACGAGUCCUUCAUCGCCAUCGGCUGGGGCCAGAAGAAGUUUGCCCAGAAGGAGUCAAAGAAGCUGUUGAAGGUGCAGCUCCAGGGCUAUAAGGACCGAUGUGUCAGCAGUGUGGAUGCGAAUGAUGAGUUGCCCAAUGGCUACGAGCCCAAGAGCCAGCUGUGCAUCGGAUCAAGGGACAACAAGGACACAUGCAACGGCGACUCUGGCGGUCCAGUGCUGGCCUAUCACAAGGAUCUCGCCUGCAUGUACCACGUAAUGGGCAUCACCUCAGCCGGCAUCACCUGCUCCACGCCCGACAUUCCAAGUGCCUACACGCGGGUGCACUACUUCCUCAACUGGAUCAAGGGCGAACUGGCCAAGCAGACGCAGUGAAUGACAUGAUUGUUUUUAAAUUCGUUUAAUCUCUUACACUUGAGACCCUGGGCUGGGUUCUGAGAAAGCCAGAAAUAUACAAGUUAUUAAUUAAUGAUUGU